CCAGCUGCUCUCUCAGGCUUUUACACUCAAUAUGAGCAUAAAGCGGAAUUAUGCUCCUUCCUUUUAAAUGGGAAAUGUCCGAUGUUGCACUCAAAACUGGGGAGUCGUAGAGCAGAUGUAGCGGUCAGACUGGGGGAUGCAGCCAUCUGAACAGCUGUCUGAACACCAGGUGGUGGGUGCAUGGAGUUACAAGACAUAGAGAGGUUAGAGGUGGAGAGAACUUGGGCUUUGAAUGGAAAAAAACGUACCUUUAAGAAAGAAGGGAAAGAAAGAGGGUCUGAAAAAUGAUGACCUUUGAAUUGGGAUCAGAGAACGUGAAGGACUGUGGAGAAGAAAGACAAGUAAGGACCAUGGACCUGAGCUUGCAUGACGCUCUCACGGAUGGGGCGCCCCAGUCGGGCCCGGACAACCCGGUGAGGAGGGACUUCAUGGCUUCCCUGGAGAAAGAGACCUUUGAUGACAAAGUAGGCGAGACUGUGGAAAAGACUGACUACCGCCCUCUGCUGGACGGGAAGGAUGGUAAAGGCUCCAGUAUGAAGCCAGGAGGACAGAUGGGGACUGGGAUGCAGCGGCAGGAACCAAUGGGAGAGAAGCGUCCCUGUCCAACUGGACAACAGGCUGCCUUCAAUGCUGACUACCUUUCAGGCCCAGUGUCUAGUAUGAUGGGAAAGCCUGGUGAGGGGAACCAGAACAAAGGAAUGAAGGACAGCAACAUGCCAGACUCUCUCAUGGAAGUUUGGACAAACCCAAACUCCUGGGCAGGUGGUGAGUCCAGGCUGCAAGCUUCAGCGGGUCUCCCCCUCUCCUCCAGCAACUCAGUGGAGGAGAGCCCCUACUCCGACCCCCUCAGCCCCCACGGCUCCCACAGCCAGGAGACCGGCUCUGGGGACGAGAGGGGGAGUGAAGGGGUCAACAGCAGCAGCAAGCAGCAGAAGAGGAAGAAGAAGAAAAGGAGGUCCAGGGAGGAGGUGUAUGACUUAUUGGACAGGCAGGAGGCUCCGGAUGCAAAGGAGGAGGAGGGCGAGACAGAGAGCGGAGCCUCAGACGGCCCUCUGAGCCCAUCCUCCCCAAGCAAGGAGGAGAGCUGGGAGUGUGAGAUCCGAGGGAGGGGUGGGGGUAGGGUCAGGGGCAGGAAGAAUAAGAGCAGGAUGAAGCUCCCAGAGGAGUGGGGGCCAACACCCCAGGAGCCAACGACACCUCAUGCCACACAAGCGUCGGUGGCCCUGGAGUCUGCAAUGGUAAAUGCCUCUGGUCUCUUAAGUUCAACCCUGGAGAACAUCUCCUCCCUCGUAGCCGGCCCCCAGACUAACCCCUUUAGCAGUUUUAUAGAGGACACCAAACCCUCUCACACCCCCACUGCCCCACCCCUCACUGAGAACCCCAAACCCAGUCACAUCCUCACCACAGACCCUGCCCUUACAAACACUUUUACCAGUAUGUUUGAGCAACCUUCCCCUGCUAAGGUAAACAUGGACUGGGAGGUUGAGACUCCUGUUAAAAACACUGCCGCUACCCUCCAUUAUGAACCCAUGUGUAUUGAUGACUUUAAAAUGCCCCCGCCCUUAGCCACUAAAGAUGUCCUACCUCCCAAGAAGGCUCUGUCUUUUACUGACAAAGCCUCUUCUGAUCAUAGUCGUCCUGAGGUCAUGUCGUCUACUUCUGACCAGAAGCAGCUGGGCCCUCAGAGCUCCCCGGCUCUUAGCCCCCAGGUCUCGAAGACCUUCCUCUUCCUAGACUCUGCCCUGCAGACCCCCCAAGCCAGCACUCCUGCUUCACAGCCCCAGUCCCAGACGACCACACCCCAGGUCCCUCCUCCAAACAACAUCACCGCCUCCUCUUUCCAGACCACUCCUCCUCCACUGUCUAGCCACUCCUCCCAGCCUGGUCACGACACUCCCAGUCCCUGCCCUGCAGUGGGCUCAGGCCUCAACCCUGCAGCCCCGCCCUUUAUCCCCACUACACUGCCACUCACAGAGCACCAGGAGCCACCGCUGCCAGAGCCCCCCCUGCUGGAAGUGAAAGCAGAGAAUAAGGACAAACAAGAAAAGGCAGAUUUCUUCCCAAAGACAGAUAACUUGAACAUAUUUGAGAAGACGGAGAAGUCCGACAAGAUGGAGAAGAAAGGGAAAGAAGAUGAAUCUAAGAAAGUCGACAAUGCCGACAAGACCUCAAAAUCUGAGAAGAUCCUCAAAGAUGAAGAGAAGUUCCAUAAGACGGAGAAGAAUUAUACAAAUGAAAAAGUGGACAAGCCAGAGAAGACAAACAAAGAUGAGAAGAUGGAGAAGAAAGAAAAUGGGGAGAAAACUGACAAGAUGGUCAAAGCUGAAAAUAACGAAAAGGCUGGGAAAGGUACUCCAAAGUCCCAAACAACCAACGGAAGCAAGCAGGACCUCACCAGCCCAGACAGUAAGGCCAAGACUCCGGAAAACGGUCCUCCUGUGCCAAAGGCCAAUGGCACGGCAAAUAAGAACGGUUCCUCGACAACCGCCACUACUAAACCUGCUGGGCCACGUCCCUCUGCUAGUGCCCCCUCUCUGCGCCGCAACACCGUUCCCAAGACUGAUGAUACCAAGCCAGGUGACGUGAAGAAGCCUAGUACGCUGAAGACAACACCAAUCAAGCCCAGGGUGCCUCGCACCUCCGCCACUGCUCCGAGCACUCCUGCCACCAACGGGGAGCAGCCUCGCCGACGCAUCACCAAACCCCCAGUGCCCAAGCAGACCGCUAUGGAGAGGAAGCCACCUGUACCCAGAGCACCUAGAACUCCCAGACCUAUCAACGCACCCCUGCCGGACCUAAAGAAUGUGCGCUCCAAGAUCGGCUCCACAGACAACAUGAAGUACCAGCCUACCGGCGGAAAGGUCUCCUCGGCGGGGGCUUCCCAAUCCAAAGACGGCCCGGGCAAAGUUAUGAUAGUCCACAAAAAACUGGACUUCAGCCAUAUCACCUCUCGCUGUGGCUCCAAGGAUAAUAUCAAGCAUGUCCCUGGUGGAGGGAAUGUCCAGAUUCAGCAUAAGAAGGUGGACUUGAGCAAAGUGACCUCCAAGUGUGGCUCUAAGGACAACAUCAAGCACAAGCCAGGUGUGUCCACUACAGGGGGUGGAGACUUGAAGAAUGAGGCUAAGGCCAAUGGCAAUGGUAAUGGGAAGCCCAAGGAGGGAUCAAUGGACAAUAUUGGCCUUGAGGCAGGGGAUGGACCAAUCAAGGCCGCGGGGAUGCCGGAGAAAGCUGCAGGGAAAACAUCUCCCCCUGGUGGAGCUCCAGCUACAGGCGCAGGAAGCAUGGCUAAGGAGAACGGGAAUAAGGCGACGCCUCCUCCUAAUCCCUUUGGGGGUGACCCGAUGGGCAUGGACAAACGCAUCCCUGAGACAAAUUGAGUCUUAUAAGCUGAGCUUUCGCGAGAACGCACGGGCUCGCACCACCAACGGCGCCGACCUUAUCUCUUGGCCCACCCCGAUUGGCAGCCCCCUCUCACCCCCAUCGCAGCACCUCUCUCUGUGUUUCUCUGGGGUCCGCCAGCUUCCUCCUCCACACCCUCCAGCUCCGACCCAGCCCCUCGUCACCCAGCCUUGGGGCAGGGGGAAAAAUACUGAAUGCUAGCAGGACAAGGACUUCUUUAGCACAUUCCAACUUACUCCUUUUACCUCACAACACAGUAUCGCAUCACUACUCUCUACCCUCGUUGAAUAUCUGUCUUAGUGGUCUCAGAAGAGCCAGUUUUAAAGUAUAGAGACCAGAGUUCAGACAGAUAGAGCAAGGUAUUUCUGUACAGUGGGGUUUUUGACCUCAGAGUGAACCUUCUAGAAUCUAGACCCUCAGUGUUCUGUUGUAGUUAUGUCAGCGCCUGCUUCUUUUGUUCCAGCCUAUAAGCACUGUUCUUAUACGUACAGUAGUGCAGUCUUGAUCAAAAUCACAAACACCUACAGUGUCGCACUGUAUAUUAGUAUGACUUUUUUGUCAUAGACUAUCACAAUGAGCCACUGCUAUGUAUGUGACAGGCCUAACCCUAGAUAUAAAACCUUCCUUACCAUAUCUAACCCUCUGGAUGAGCAUAGCCUCCCCUGUACUGUAGGGACCCCAGAUUUCACUUAUGCAGUACAAUUUGAUGAUUAGUGAAGCACCCCUUAUUGUGAGCAUGUGGGACUGUCAUGUCAUCCCAAUGAACAGCGGCUAAUAUGCCACCCCCUCACUUAACCAAUUCAGUAUGUCUUGAUAACCUUGUGUAAACCUGUGACCCCCCCCACACACACACACACAACCCUCUCAACAAUAAGAAACUAGUAGGCUGUUACAAACAGUAGGAUAUUUAACAUCUCUCUUUUUAAAAAACCUCUGUAUUGUGUUUUCGUAAAUUAUUGUAACAAUGAGCUGAUGUGUUGUUCUGUUGUUUAAUCAUCAAUAUACCCUUUUUCCUUUUACUGUUACAUCUCUCUGAAAGCAAUACAGUGAGUGGUCUUUGCCUGAGGAUACAACUUCCUAUUACACACCCGUACUCGCACAUGUAAACUACAGUACGGUACAGUCAGAGAGCGAGCGAGAAAAACCCUCUCAGGGUCUGUGCACAGAGACUGGAUGCCUGAGGCAGGACAGAAUAGUAAGCAGGAGGCAGCAAACAAAGUGAGGAAAGGCCUAUGAUUGCACCAGGAGAGUGGAGAUACUCCAAUGACGAUCAAGUCUCUGUAGUGUUGGCCCAAUCGUUGGGACAGGGAAGACGAAUAGAGAGCCAUGUUGAAGGACAGCAAGAUUUAGAUAGAUUUAACAAUAUUAUCAUAAAAAUCCAAAUACAAUUUUAAGUCAAUAUCAAGAGAAGUUUUUGAAGGACAAAGAUGAUCAUUGAUCUCCAAUGUAACAAUUGUACAUUUUCAUUAUUCUCAACUAAUCUACUGUUAAAUAUGAAUUGAUUUGAAUGGCUGCUUAUGCUACUGGUUCCACUGUGAAUAGUGACAUUAUUGUGUAACAAUAGGGCACAAUUGCUUAACCAAGCAAAUAUAUAUAGCAAUAUAUAUAUAAGCUAAUUACUCUGUUUAACUUGCUAUCGGUUUUGUAAAGAGGUUGGCGGAUGGAAUUGUAUAGCAUUAUAUGACUAUGAAUUAGGAUCCGGUGUGUGUGUGUGUGUAUAGUAGUUGAACGAUCUUUGGGAUGGUCUCAUUUUGUGAUCAACAUUUAGACGUCUGUGGAGUCUGUCGGAUUUGUGGUACGUUGCCGGAUCAAGAUCAAGGGCACCCGGGUGGCCUUUAAAAUACUGCUAGUUUGGCUCUUAGAGUAUGAGAAUUGCCGUUCCUUUUGGAGAUUAUCCAUCACACUACUCCAACAAGAGGGAUAAUGGCCACAGAUUUCAAUGUGUAAUUGUGCCUUGUAGAUUCUCAAGGCUGAACUGUAACAGGUGUACAGUUCCCCAAAAAAGUACAUUUGUGUCCCCCACCCUAAAACACUUUUACUUUGAUUUAUUUGUUGUACCGUCGGUAGGGUGUAAUCUGAAUCUAUUUGAGUGCGUGCACUGCGGUGGAGGAAAUAAUAGUGAUCGUCAAUGGCCGAGAGAAUCAAAGAGCAAGUGAUCAAAUUAUCGAGAAAGAAAAGCAAAAGCACCUUAUGAUAUUUUUAAGGUAUUCUUUCCCCCAACAUUCCCAUGGUUAGUUCAAAAAAUUAUAAUGAAAUGAAUUCUUCCUGAAGACUAAUCCUUACACUGAUGAAAGCAGAUGAAAGCACUUUGAAUGCACAGUGGCAUGUACAUUUCAUGUUUGAGCUCUACAGUCUGUUUGAGUGAACUGUUGCCAUGAUUGGAUGAACAGAUUUGUCUUUUAGUCUCCUUGGUGGUAACCUUGCUCACUGGUCACGUUAGUGGACUUUGGUGUCAUGCUUUGGGUACAGUGGUCACUCACGCUCAGUCUGUUCUCCUUGUGCCUGUUAGGCAUCACGUUUAUGAACACUCCCCUUUCCAACGCUUAAAUGCUAACUAGCAACACCCACUUUUCCAUCAGUCUUCACACAUCCGUUUGUAUAUAGACAUCCACAUGUUUUCAUCACCACAGGAGAACAAGGUAUUGAUGUUAGGGUCUUUAUGGAUGUUGAGAAAUGUCUUUCACGUUCAUCAACCCAUUUCCGGAGAGUGUUUUCUUUCUGGAGUCUGCCUUUUUUCAGAAAGGGCUGAAGUACAAGAAUGUUUUUACAAUUUAAUAUAUUAAAGAUGCAAGAUAUGAAUAUAAUAUGUAUGAACCUUUUGUUUUGUUGUAAAAAAAAAAUCACAAUAAGACACUUAUACUCAAUAUAAAUUUGACUGACAGUAGGAAGUGUGUGUCGAGUCCAGUAUGGGGACUGCAGCAGACUGUGAAUAGCUUAAGCAUUCAGCGAUGGUUAACUUCUCAAUGGAUGGUCUAGGUGUGCUUUUACCCACUCCAACUCUAUAGUGGAUAAACUGAUAUUUGCUUGAAUAAAUUAACACUUUUAUCUGCCUCUUACACGUAGACUUACUAUAUGUAGAAAAUCUACCAGAAACAAAGACUCAUCCGAUUUAAUGCAUAUUCUUCCAAGUGUUUUGUGUCGCUGGUGAGCUUAUCGAGUGCUCAACUGUAAUCAUGAACCAGGCAUUGUGAGGAUAGGUUGAAGGUCAAGCUCCCACAUGCGACACCUGACACACACAGCCCUUGAAUGUCGUCCAGAAACCCCACCCCCCACCCCCACCCCCACCCCUUGUGAGACUAACAGUAACUGUCUUUUGGCAUGUGUUAUGUAGUGUGCUUCUGUAAAGCAUCAAGGAGCCCAUAGCUGUGCUUCUUCUUAGAGCACACCUACAGUGUGUAUUAUUCUCCAUAGUGCACACCAUAAGAGCAUGCGGAAGGCAAUGGAUUGUAAACAUCUGUCAUAGAUAGGAGGAGUUAAUUGUUUCCCUUUCGAUUUGAGUAAUGUAAUUUGGUAUGAAAGAGAUGUUCAUUGUGAUUCAUUGUUAACUAGUGAUGUGAAUAUUAAUCAUGAAAUAAAAGACAAGCAAAACA